UGCGGCGCUGGCGCGUGGUACCCCGGCCCGGCCCGCGUGCUCGGGGAGCCGCUGCCCCCCUCCCCGGGUGCCCCAGGCUGGCACUGCCCCUGCUGCUCGGCUGCUGUGCUGACCAGCGGGUCACCGGGAGCUGCCCUGCUGAGGAGUCUCGUUUGGUUGUUGCAGUUUCCCGGGUGGGAAGCGGGACAGCUCGGAUCAGGACAUGGUGGCCACAGCGCUGAGGGAGACAUUGGAGGAGCUGGGCCUACGUUUGGGAAGUGAGAGUGUCUGGGGUAUCAUGAGACCUCUGCCUGACAGGUGGGGGUUAGUGGUCAUUCCUGUUCUGGCAGACUUGGGUCCCUUGGAGUCUCUCUCUCUGAACCCCAACCCCCAGGAGGUUGAAGAGGUCUUCACUCUCCCACUGUCUCACUUGCUGGAAGUGCAGAACCAGGGCUAUACCCACUUCCGCAGCAAAGGACACUAUAGCUAUACACUGCCAGUCUUCCUCAGUGGCUGCUACAAGGUGUGGGGGUUGACAGCCAUCAUCACUGAUUUGACACUGGAGCUGCUAGUGCCUGAUGAUUACCGCAGAAGGACACACGUGCCAGCCAUCCACUGAGCAUGUGUUCCACCAGUCCUUUCAGGGUUGCAAUACCAGGAGCGCUGUGCUCAUGUAGAGAGUGAAUAAAAGAGUUCAGGCAUCAUCCUCCACCUUGAGGGGGCAGAGAGCCAGGGAGGCCAAGUAAGGUGAUCCCUGCAGCACUUUUUCAGCUACCCUGGGAACGUGAAUCAAAGCCAGAGGGCAAUAGCCUUUUCCCAAAACACAAAUACCCACAACAGGUUAGGGCAGUCUGUUUUGCUGGUAAUCGCUGUAUUUGGUAUAGGGCCUACAAAAAGACCUCAGAAAAUGCAGGAAGAGUUUGGGAUUUUUUUAAUACCAGACUAGAACAUCCUUUGGUGAGGAUGGGGUUGGCAAGAAGAUACUUUGGAGGGUUGUUUGUAGGGACUAAAGCCAUGCUGAUCCUGGGGAAAUACCCUACCUUCCUGUAAGCCCAGUGCCCUGUUGCUAAGUUACCACACUGCAUGCAAUGGGGAUCAUCCCUCUGUGGUAGAACUUGCCUCUAAGGCAAAGGUGUAAGAACUAGGGGUGCCCACAACUCGUUUCUUAGGGGGGAGGACAGAUGGGGUGCUGCUGUCAGAGGCUUGGGGAGCUGCAAUACUGCUUGGAAUUGGGCAGCCUUCUGGCUGAUGUCUUGAGAAUAUGCAAUUUACUUCAUUAAAUGAUAAUCCUGGAACAUUUGUGUAAUGGUGAAAUCCAAACUUAGGAACACAACUUGAGUUUUGUGCCAAUGCCCCUUGGCGAGCAAAACCAUUUGUUCUUCCUCAUGAUGACUUGUCCUGGUCAGGCCAGCACCAUGCUAAACUGGACAGGACUCCCUAAGGGUCCGCAGCAGAGCCCAGCACUGCCUUGGAAAAGCCCAACCCUACCAUUACCCAACAGCAGCUGCACAUCCUGCUGCAUUUGCCACAUCUACCACAACCUGACUUCUUGUGGCAGGUCAGGGAAGGAGAGGGCUCUGCGUCUUAUAAUUGUGCAGCAGGGUUGUUUAUAGAAUUUUAGGAAUAGGUUUGACAAGCAUUUGUAUGGGAUGGCUUGGGUAGGGAUAUACCGGCCCCGGGGGGGGGGUUAGGUUAGACUAGACAAACUCCUUAAGUUCUCUCCAGCUCUACUUUUCCAUGAUUCCAUGAAUAGGGACCUACAACAGCCAGUCCCAACCAGGAAGGACAUGUUCCAAAGGCUGAGCAACACUCCAGGACUCCCAACUCAAACAAGCCACGGGGAAGGGACUUGAUCCCCCUACUCCAGAUUGGAAUCCAGUCUGGGCACAUGGGACGAAUCUUCAUUCUUCUCUGUCAAAGAAUCAUAGACAAGUAGGGCUGGAAGGGACCUCCAGACGUUAUCUAAUCCAACCCCCUGCCUGAGGCAGGAUCAUCCCUAUCUAAACCAUUUUGUACAAUCCAUAAGACUACCAUCAACCCUGACACAACACAGAUCUAACACACUAAAC